UUUUUUUCUGUAGUGUUCAGUUGGAGAGGACGAGUGCUUGGUCGACAUUUUAGCUUUGCAUCAUCAGGACUGACGUGGGGACUACGUGGCUCGAGCCAUCCACUCCUACCGUAAUUAGUGACGAGUCUGACUACGUAACUUAUAACUUUGGUAAGUUAUUACACAGUAGCGUACUCGUGGGACAAGGCAAGAAAAAAGGAGAGACAGAAUGUUCACCGUUUACAAUGACGCAUGGACAAACUUUCGAUUCGUAGUCGGAAUCUACUUCCUGCUUGUUAGCCAGCUGAACAACUUCAUGCACAGGCACGAAUUGAACAGUUUUGGGCUUGUUAGCUGACAUGGUAGACAGAUAAAUAAAUGUCUGACCAACCAGCGACCGUAUAUUACUCCUUUUUUUUUAAGUUAACAACUGCCGCCUGCUACUAGCUAGCUGCUAGUUACAUUAGCUAAAAAAAAGCUAACGUUACCGCCCUUCAUGCGUUUCCGUGCGAGUCGCAAUUUCUCUUUCGAACAGCUGCAUAGCUAAACUACACAACUCUAUUCGCGUUCUCUUUUUGGAAAGCUAGCUAGCCAGUGUAAUGUCUGGAAUGGAAUAAACGGAACGGUAUCAAAGAAAUGGAAACCAUAUGUUUGACUCUGUUCCAUUGAUUCCAUUCCAGCUAUUACAAUGAGCCCGUCCUCCUAUAGCUCCUCCCACCAGCCUCCUCUGUGGCAUAUGUUCUCCAACAAGCAAAGAGUGAGAAAGUUACAGGUUACAUAAAAGUGACUCCAAAAUGACACAAUACAUUAUUUACCAUUCAUUUCUAUUGGGCACAAAAUAAUCUGAAACACAACCAAAACAAACAGCAAAUGAAUCCUACAAGUUUGUAGAGUCACAAGCUUUAUGUAAUUGUUGUGCUUCUACACCUGCAUUACUAGCUGUUUGGGGUUUUAGGCUGGGUUUCUGUACAGCACUUCGAGAUAUUAGCUGAUGUAAGAAGGGCUAUAUAAAAUAAAAUUGAUUGAUUGAUUGAUUGUGUGCUAGGAAUAUGGGACCAAAUACUAAACUUUUGACUACUUUAAUAUACAAAUAAGUGAAUUUGUCCCAAUACUUUUGGUCCCCUAAAAUAUUGUGACUAUGUACAAAAGUGAUGUAAUUUCUAAAUGUUUCAUGGAUGAAAAUAUCCUCAAAUAAUUAAAGCUGACAUUCUGCAUUUUAACCUCAUAGUCAUUGUAUCAUUUCAAAUCCAAAGUGCAGGAGUACAGAGCCAAAAAACAACACAAUUGUCACUGUCCCAAUAAUUACGGAGGGCACUGAAUUUUAAUAUAUUCUUAAACUUAACAUACAUUUAAUUAUCUAAGGGAGCUUCAUUUAUUUUAAUCUAAUAACCUAGAUAAGUAGACUUUAAUUGUGCUUAGCCUCAUUUCCUGACAUUUCCAGUCCGAUGACCAUGGACACAGCGGUUGCGUCAUCAAAGCAGGAGGGAAGUUUUGAUGACUCUCUGUCUGAUGAAGAACCAAGUCAGAGUGAAUCCAACUCACCCACUGCAGUACUCACUCAGGUAGCUACUUUGUGAAGUGUGUGUUGUGGCCACUGUCACUCAUCAUCACUCUUAUAAUUCAGAGGUGUAUCAGUGUCUAAAUAGGCUGGUCCCAGAUCUGUUUGUGUUUUUGCCAACUCCAUUGCUCAUUGUCAAGGCAAACAUGACAAUAAAUGACAAGGCAUUUGCAUGAUUGCACAAACAGACUGGCACUCAAGCUAGUUUAGACGUACUGAUGAUAGAGUUUACUUUCCUCAAAUAUUUCUCAAAUAUUGUUUAAAUUGCGUGUAAAACGAUUGAACAUCUCAUCUUCCUCUAGGUUUCAGGAACAGGAGACUCCGCUGGCAUGACAGUGGUGCAGUUACCUGGUGGACAGACAGUUCAUGUUCAGGGUGUCAUCCAGGCUCCUCAGGCCUCUGUCAUCCAGUCACCACAGAUGCAGAAUGUACAGGUAGCUAAUAGAGCUCCAUCCCUUCCCUAUACCUUCAGGUUGCGCCCCAAAUGGCACUCUAUUCCCAUAUAGUGCACUACUUUUGACCACUGCUCUAUAUAGGGAAUAUAUAAUAAUAAUAUAUAAUAUGCCAUUUAGCAGACGCUUUUAUCCAAAGCGACUUACAGUCAUGCGUGCAUACAUUUUUGUGUAUGGGUGGUCCCGGGGAUCGAUAGGUGCCAUUUGGGAUACAGCCUCAAGUCACUCUAGUCUUCUUGGCUAAAUUCAGUCAAAACUGCAUUGUGUUAUUUUACCCCAUAGAAAAACCAAAGAAUGGUUUUGCGUACUUGUAGCUAGUUUCUUAGCCUGAGUGCCAGUCUGUUUGUCCCAUCAUGCCAAAUUCUUGUCACUCUUUGUCAUGCCAAACAUGCUUGGCUUGACAAUGACAGCAUUGAAGUUAGCAAAAGCACAAAGUUUAACCUUCAUGUACACAGAAUGUUGUAUUGUGUCUGACUGUCUCUAAGACAACACACUUUCUGCUUGCAAUAGACAAAUCAGCACAUGAUGUCACCCUAGUUUUCCUUUCUUCUCUAAAUUACAGAGUCUCUGUCCCAAAAUGCACCCUAUUCCCUAUAUAUUGCACUAUUUUUGACAAGAGCCCUAUGGAGGAAUGGUGUGCCAUUUGGGUCAGAACCUGAGAUUUCUACUGUUGUCAGAAUUUGUUUUCAGCACUGGGAAUUUCUUUCAUUUUUCAGUAUUCAGUAAGGCAUUUUAAAUGGAGGGAGGUGACCCUACACAGGGAUCAUAUCUAUGCAUUACUUUCAGACUUCAUAGUGUUUUUCUUUGCUCCAGAUAACCUCCAUAGCUGGGCUUGAAGAUGGGGAGUCAGCAGUCACAGACACACAGAAAAGAAGAGAGAUUCUCUCAAGACGGCCAUCUUAUCGGUUGGCAGACAUUAAAACAUCGCAAAUAUGAAUUGUUCCCCCCCCCCCCCAAAGGACACCGUAUUCCUUAUAUAGUGCACUACUUUUGACCAGAGACCUAUGGGCCCUGGUUAAAAGUAGUGCACUAUAAAGGGAACAAGAUGUUAUUUGAUAAACAACUAUUGACAUUUCAAAAGCAAUCCAAGCAGAGUACGGUAGUUUAUUAUGUGCUUUCCUCUUUCCUUCAGAAAAAUCCUCAAUGAACUAUCAUCAGAUACGUCCUCAAUUCCGAGAAUUGAGGAGGAGAAAGCUGAAGAUGAGGUUCCACCCUCCAGUGUCCCUUCAGUUCAAGUGCCAACUUCAAUUUAUCAGACCACCGGUGGCCAAUACAGUGAGUUUCAUUAGGCUUUGGUCAAAAGUAGUGCACUAUACAGGGAAUAGGUUGCCAUAGUUGGAACGCAACUAUGGUCAAAAUGUUGACGUGCACUCACUAUUGUGACAGUAAGGGUUCUCCCCAAAGAAUGUAAGAGUUAGUGAUGCGCGGGUUGACUCAUAAUCCGCAGUCCCCGCAGUUAUAUCCGAGGGGUGUGCGGGUUUAGGGUAAUUAAAUAUUGGGUGGGUUGAAUAAAGUGAAAAUAAUACCUUAAAGAAUCCAUAUUUAUAUGCAAUUUAUUUCUAUAUGCUACAUUGAGGUUUUUCUUUCAUUAUUUUAGGCUAUCUGGCAUUAGUGCGUAAGCCUAAACUUUAGGGCCUAACUGUACACACGCCAAAUAGCCUACACGCCAAUCACCAAAUGCUUUUAGGAACGGGCAGAAAACAUUUUCGUUGCAGAAAACGUUAACAUUGAUCCACAGAGGCAAAGAGGACAAUAUUGACAUUUAAUUCAAUAAGAGAAAAGCUGUGAAAUGGAGAGUUGAAAAUAAAGAAAUGGGAGGGCCAGAAAAGUCAUGUUUGGGAAAUGUAAAAGAGGAUGAUAGCAGUGUGGUUAUGUAUGUUAUAUGUGAUGAUUGUGAGGCGCUAUACACAUUCGACAGUCACAAGACGGGACUUCAAAUAGGCCUAUGGCAUGUCAAGGGAACUGUAGCCUACUGUUUAGAUGGGUUAAAUGGAAACUGAAAUCUGGACACUGACUAUAGAUCUAUAACCUCUCACAUAGCCAUAAUAUUAAGUCCUGCAGAUUUAAGCAUUUAUUGCAGUAAAAUGAUCAGCAUCAUAAAAGCUGAUAGUAUUUCAACCACAUAAAAUAUGCAUCAUAGCCAUAUUGAAAUGUUAUCAGAAGCAUGUUGUUUUCACAGCUUUUUGUUUCCUUAUAACCGGUCAAAUUGAUGUAGUUUGGAAAUGUUGCACAAAUUCUUUCCCGUUUUUUAGUUGAGUUAUUGCAUUCUCUUCCCGGUCCCUAAACGUCUUUGCUCUACGAAAGAAGCAGAGAUCACAGAGAACUUCAACCUAUCGAUGUAUGACAUUAUUCUGGUGAACAGUUUAUUUAGUCUUCUAGGGCAACAUAUAAUGACAGAAGAGAAGCUGCAUGUAUCUAAUUAUAGACAAUUUGACUAACAAAUAGCCUACCAAAAUGUCAGAAAAUAUAAGCAGAAAUAUAUCAAAAUCAGGCAAAAAGUAAUCUUGCACCCCCUUUCAAAAAAUCGUUCCGCAUCUCUGACUGUAACCUACAGCGCAUUUUCUAUAUCAGCGGUUUAGGGUCGGGCCUCAGAUGUUCACUUUAUCACAUAUAGUCACCCGUGCACCACUAGUAAGAAUGGCGCUGCGCUUCCUUGUAGACUGGCUGUGCCACUUUGUAAUAAAAAGUAUUACAAAAAAUAGAAUAUAUAUACACUACAUUACCAAAAAUAUGUGGACACCUGCUCGUCGAACAUCUCAUUCCAAAAUCAUGGGCAUUAAUAUGGAAUUGGUCCCCCCCCGUUGCUGCUAUAACAGCCUCCACUCUUCUGGGAAGGCUUUCCACUACAUGUUGGAACAUUGCUGCAGAGACUUGCAUCAAUUCAGCCACAAGAGCAUUAGUGAGGUCGGGCACUGUUGUUGGGCAAUUAGGCCUGGUUCGCAGUCGGCGUUCCAAUUCAUCCCAAAGGUGUUGAGGUCAGGGCUCUGUGCAGGCCAGUCAAGUUCUUCCACAUCGAUCUCGACAAACCAUUUCUGUAUGGACCUCACUUUGUACACAGGGACAUUGUCAUGCUGAAACAGGAAAGGGCUUUCCCCAAACUGUUGCCACAAAGUUGGAAGCACAGAAUCGUCUAGAAUGUCAUUGUAUGCUGUAGCGUUAAGAUAUCCCUUCACUGGAACUAAGGGGCCUAGCCCGAACCAUGAAAAACAGCCCCAGACCAUUAUUCCUCCUCCACCAAACUUUACAGUUGGCACUAUGCAUUGGGGUAUGUAGCGUUCUCCUGGCAUCCGCCAAACCCAGAUUUGUCCGUCAGACUGCCAGAUGGUAAAGCGUGAUUCAUCACUCCAGAGAACGCGUUUCCACUGCUCCAGAGUCCAAUGGCGGCGAGCUUUAUACCACUUCAGCCGAUGCUUGGCAUUGCGCAUGGUGAUCUUGGGCUUGUGUGCGGCUGAAAGGCCAUGGAAACCCAUUUCAUGAAGCUCCCAACAAACAGCUAUUGUGCUGACGUUGCUUCCAGAGGCAGUUUGGAACUCGGUAGUGAGUGUUGCAACCGAGGACAGACGAUUUUUACGCGGUACGCACUUCAGCACUCGCCGAUCUCGUUCUGUGAGCAACGGGUGUGGCUGAAAUAGCCGAAUCCACUCAUUUCAAGGGGUGUCCACAAUCUUUUGUAUAUAUAGUGUGUGUAAACGGUGUGUACACUACCGGUCAAAAGUUUGGACACACCUACUCAUUCAAGGGUUUUUCUUUAUUUUUACUAUUUUCUACAUUGUAGAAUAAUAGUGAAGACAUCAAAACAAUGAAAUAACAUAUAUGGAAUCACAUAGUAACCAAAAAAGUGUUAAACAAAUCAAAAUAUAUUUUAUAUUUGAGAUUCUUCAAAAAGCCACCCUUUGCCUUGAUGACAUCUUUGCACACUCUUGGCAUUCUCUCAACCAGCUUCACCUGGAAUGCUUUCCCAACUGUCUUGAAGGAGUUCCCACAUAUGCUGAGCAAUUGUUGGCUGCUUUUCCUUCACUCUGUGGUCCGACUCAUCCCAAACCAUCUCAAUUGGGUUGAGGUCAGGUUUUUUUUGGAGGCCAGGUCAUCUGUUGCAGCACUCCAUCACACUCCUUCUUGGUAGAAUAGCCCUUACACAGCCUUAAGGUGUGUUGGGUCAUUGUCCUGUUGAAAAACAAAUGAUAGUUCCACUAAGCCCAAACCAGAUGGGAUGGCGUAUCGCUGCAGAAUGCUGUGGUAGCCAUGCUGGUUAAGUGUGCCUUGAAUUCUAAAUAAAUCACAGACAGUGUCACCAGCAAAGCACCCCCACACCAUAACACCUCCUCCUCCAUGCUUUACGGUGGGAACUACACGUGCGGAGAUCAUCUGUUCACCCACACCGCUUCUCAGAAAGCCACGGCGGUUAAAACCAAAAAUCAGCCAUUUCUGAGGCUGGUAACUCUAGUGAACUUAUCCUCUGCAGCAGAGGUAACUCUGAGUCUUCCAUUCCUGUGGCGGUCCUCAUGAGAGCCAGUUUCAUCAUACCGCUUGAUGGUGUUUGCGACUGCACUUGAAGAAACUUUCAAAGUUCUUGACAUUUUCCGUAUUGACUGACCUUCAUGUCUUAAAGUAAUGUCGUUUCUCUUUGCUUAUUUGAGCUAUUCUUGCCAUAAUAUGGACUUGGUCUUUUACCAAAUAGGGCUAUCUUCUGUAUACCCCCCCUACCUUGUCACAACACAACUGAUUGGCUGAAACGCAUUAAGAAAGGAAAUACAUUCCACAAAUUAACUUUUAAGAAGGCACACCUGUUAAUUGAAAUGCAUUCCAGGUGACUACCUCUGAAGCUGGUUGAGAGAAUGCCAAGAGUGUACAAAGCUGUCAUCAAGGCAAAGGGUGGCUAUUUGAAGAAUCUCAAAUAUAAAAUAUACUUUGAUUUGUUUAACACUUUUUUGGUUACUACAUGAUUCCAUAUGUGUUAUUUCAUAGUUUUGAGGUCUUCACUUUUAUUCUACAAUGUAAAAAUAAAGAAAAACCCUUGAAUGAGUAGGUGUGUCCAAACUUUUGACUGGUAGUGUAGCUCUGAGUAACCCAUCACUUCUAUAAACGUGUGUCCCUCCUCAGUUACCAUCACCCAGGGGGGAGCCAUCCAGAUAGCCAGCCCAGGCAGUGAGGGUCUGCAGGGCUUACAGACUCUGGCCAUGUCCAACUCAGGUACCCCCCAGAUCCUGCAGUAUGCAACCCAGGCAGGGGACUCAGGACAGCAGUUCUUCUCUGUACAAGGUGGCCAGGUGGUGAUACAAGGUAGGAACAACUGUACCUAAAUUAACUCCAUCUUGACUCUGGUCAAAAGUAGUGCACUAUGUAGGGAAAAGUGUAAUUCAUCAAGUCAUAGGUUUGUAUUAAUUUGGCAAAUGAACAAAAGGAAGCUGGAACUUGACUAGUUUGUCUCUAAAAAGUGUCAAGGAUGGCUGGUUGACCCUUUAAUGUUACUAUGUAACCAGUGUUAUGAUUUAACAGUAGAAUAUAUUUGAAUGAUGUCAGAGUAAUGUAGACUUUUUUCCCUGAGGGGUUUCAGUAAAAUGUCAGUAUUUAUAUCAAUCCAAUAACUGAAACAUUUCCCGCUUUUUAUUAUUUAAAAACCUCUCUGUUAGGCUACUUCUUAGGCUGAACGUAUUGACCUUAUGUUCCAGAGAAACAAAUGAAAAAGCUUAAUAAUCAUAUAAUAAUAACAAGUAGUAAAACCGAAUCCCCACUUGGGCACAAUAUCCUCUUGUUUGUUCUACGUCGCCUAGUUGCGUCAUAGGGUCUAAAAAUAUUCAGCUAGCCGUGCCUCCCUCACCCUUAUCUUGCUGCAUUGUGUUGCUCCACUUUAGCAUUUGAUCCAGGAGCAGAGCAGGGGGAUGGGGCCUAGAGGCAGAUUGUCUUAUUGACUUCAGCAGGGCCAGUGAUGUCAUUGUGAUGGCAGUGUCCUUAAUUGUAAUUUUGUGCAAAGUUGAUGGGUGAACACUCCAUGUAGAGAGCAGGCAGAGAGAGAGAAAGACACACAGUCAGAUAGAUAAAGAGAGAGAAAGUGUGUGAUUCUGUGGAUCCUGGAUUGUUAGAGAGUAGAAGAUAUGGCUGUUACUGGAGAUGAGACUGAAUCAGGUAUGUAAUAAUCUUUUAGUCCAUUUUCCUUUGUCAGUAUUUCUCAGACUUUUAGUUUAAUAGCAAGUUAAAUGUAUAAUGCUGGCAGUGAUAGACAAUGUAUACCUGCAUUGCUGUUCAAUUGAGAGAUGUACCUGCAUUGUUUCUGUAUUUAGAGGGCUAAAUUAGUGAGGAAUUACUUUAAAGUUUGGUUGGUUAAGUGUCUUUACAUAACUUUUAGAAUGUAUUCAAAAGUGUGUGUAGUCUACCAUAGUUAUUAAGUCAUAGCAGUUGGCUUAGUUGGAAGCCUCUGAAAGCUGUGUUUCAGAGUAUUUUUUCCCAAGUUACCUUAUUUUUAAGAGAGCAGAGGAAACCAAUAGCAAACUGAAUGACGUGUACUGACUAACUAAUUGAGGUUAAUAGAUAGCUACUACAGAUGCAUCCUGCCCCAGUUCUCUCUCUAUGAGACUUGAAAACAUUACAAGGGUACUGUAUAAUUACCAUUAAACAUUCCUAUAGUGAAAAGCUAGACAUUAUGUUGACCGAACAUGGCAGUAAGUGUUUAGUUAGCUUGCUCAACCCAGUUCCUGUCUGUCUGCCUGCGUGCCCCCUAAAACACUCAAACAGAACGCUUCUCUGGAGCUGCCAGGCAGAGGAGGGGUAGAGGUGGCGUUGACGUCACUCCGGUUUCCUGGAACCAGAUGGGGCCAGGGAAACGAGAAUGCUAACUGUCGAGUGAGACUCACAUUGACGUCAGCCGGGAGUCAUACUGUGAUUCCAGACAGAACAGAGCCCUCUGUGGGAGCAGUGAGAGAGCAGUGAUCACAGCUUCAGCGCUACAAGCUUAGUCAUCCACUCAGAUAACAUCAGGAGAGAGAAGAGUCAGCCUCGUUUAUCCCUUCAGAUCUGCAAGCUGUUACUUGCUCACUCGUGCGUUAAAACACGAGUGCAGUGGUGGCAUUUGGGGCUAUUAUAAAUUCAUAAAUGAAAAAAUAGUAAAAUGUUUUGUUGCGAAAAUAUAGUUGUUUUGAAUAAGUGUUUUAUUUUUAUUUAUUUAAAAAUAAAUAAAUUAGGGGGUAGAUCAGCUUUAAUAUUGCAGAUAGAUUGAUGGAAGUUACAAUGUAAUUGUCUGCAUCACUUCCAAUCCCCCAUAUGUUUUUUCUUUCUCGUAAAUAUAUAUAUAUACAGUGGGGAGAACAAGUAUUUGAUACACUGCCGAUUUUGCAGGUUUUCCUACUUACAAAGCAUGUAGAGGUCUGUAAUUUUUUUUAUCAUAGGUACACUUCAACUGUGAGAGACGGAGUCUAAAACAAAAAUCCAGAAAAUCACAUUGUAUGAUUUUUAAGUAAUUAAUUAGCAUUUUAUUGCAUGACAUAAGUAUUUGAUACAUCAGAAAAGCAGAACUUAAUAUUUGGUACAGAAACCUUUGUUUGCAAUUACAGAGAUCAUACGUUUCCUGUAGGUCUUGACCAGGUUUGCACACACUGUAGAAGGGAUUUUGGCCCACUCCUCCAUACAGACCUUCUCCAGAUUCUUCAGGUUUCGGGGCUGUCGCUGGGCAAUACGGACUUUCAGCUCCCUCCAAAGAUUUUCUAUUGGGUUCAGGUCUGGAGACUGGCUAGGCCACUCCAGGACCUUGAGAUGCUUCUUACAGAGCCACUCCUUAUUACCCUGGCUGUGUGUUUCGGGUCGUUGUCAUGCUGGAAGACCCAGCCACGACCCAUCUUCAAUGCUCUUACUGAGGGAAGGAGGUUGUUGGCCAAGAUCUCGCGAUACAUGGCCCCAUCCAUCCUCCCCUCAAUACGGUGCAGUCGUCCUGUCCCCUUUGCAGAAAAGCAUCCCCAAAGAAUGAUGUUUCCACCUCCAUGCUUCACGGUUGGGAUGGUGUUCUUGGGGUUGUACUCAUCCUUCUUCUUCCUCCAAACACGGCGAGUGGAGUUUAGACCAAAAAGCUCUAUUUUUGUCUCAUCAGACCACAUGACCUUCUCCCAUUCCUCCUCUGGAUCAUCCAGAUGGUCAUUGGCAAACUUCAGAUGGGCCUGGACAUGCGCUGGCUUGAGCAGGGGGACCUUGCGUGCGCUGCAGGAUUUUAAUCCAUGACGGCGUAGUGUGUUACUAAUGGUUUUCUUUGAGACUGUGGUCACAGCUCUCUUCAGGUCAUUGACCAGGUCCUGCCGUGUAGUUCUGGGCUGAUCCCUCACCUUCCUCAUGAUCAUUGAUGCCCCACGAGGUGAGAUCUUGCAUGGAGCCCCAGACCGAGGGUGAUUGACCGUCAUCUUGAACUUCUUCAAUUUUCUAAUAAUUGCGCCAACAGUUGUUGCCUUCUCACCAAGCUGCUUGCCAAUUGUCCUGUAGCCCAUCCCAGCCUUGUACAGGUCUUCAAUUUUAUCCCUGAUGUCCUUACACAGCUCUCUGUUCUUGGCCAUUGUGGAGAGGUUGGAGUCUGUUUGAUUGAGUGUGUAGACAGGUGUCUUUUAUACAGGUAACGAGUUCAAACAGGUGCAGUUAAUACAGGUAAUGAGUGGAGAACAGGAGGGCUUCUUAAAGAAAAACUAACAGGUCUGUGAGAGCAGGAAUUCUUACUGGUUGGUGGGUGAUCAAAUACUUAUGUCAUGCAAUAAAAUGCAAAUUAAUUACUUAAAAAUCAUACAAUGUGAUUUUCUGGAUUUUUGUUUUAGAUUCUGUCUCUCACAGUUGAAGUGUACCUAUGAUAAAAAUUACAGACCUCUACAUGCUUUGUAAGUAGGAAAACCUGCAAAAUCGGCAGUGUAUCAAAUACUUGUUCUCCCCACUGUAUAUACAUAUACAUACAUAUACACAUACAUACAUAUAAAUACAUAUACAUACAGUUGAAGUCGAAAGUUUACAUACACCUUAGCCAAAUACAUUUCAACUAAGUUUUUCACAAUUCCUGACAUUUAAUCGUAGUAAAAAUACCCUGAUUUAGGUCAGUUAGGAUCACCACUUUAUUUUAAGAAUGUGAAAUGUCAGAAUAAUACUAGAGAGAAUGAUUUCUUUCAUUUUUUAUUUCUUUCAUCACAUUCCCAGUGGGUCAGAAGUUUACAUACACUCAAUUAGUAUUUGGUAGCAUUGCCUUUAAAUUGUUUAACUUGGGUCAAAUGUUUCGGGUAGCCUUCCACAAGCUUCCCACAAUAAGUUGGGAGAAUUUUGGCCCAUUCCUCCUGACAGAGCUGGUGUAACUGAGUCAGGUUUGUAGGCCUCUUUGCUCGCACACGCUUUUUCAGUUUUUCUAUAGGAUUGAGGUCAGGGCUUUGUGAUGGCCACUCCAAUACCUUGACUUUGUUGUCCUUAAGCCAUUUUGCCACAACUUUGGAAGUAUGCUUGGGGUCAUUGUCCAUUUGGAAGACCCAUUUGCGACCAAGCUUUAACUUCCUGACUGAUGUCUUGAGAUGUUGCUUCAAUAUAUCCACAUAAUUUUCCUUCCUCAUGAUGCCAUCUAUUUUGUGAAGUGCACCAGUCCCUCCUGCAGCAAAGCACCCCCACAGCAUGAUGCUGCCACUCCCGUUCUUCACGGUUGGGAUGGUGUUCUUCGGCUUGCAAGUAACCCCCUUUUUCCUCCAAACAUAACGAUCUUUGUCCCCAUGUGCAGUUGCAAACCGUAGUCUGGCUUUUUUAUGGCGGUUUUGGAGCAGUGGCUUCUUCCUUGCUGAGCGGCCUUUCAGGUUAUGUCGAUAUAGGAUUCGUUUUACUGUGGAUAUAGAUACUUUUGUACCUGUUUCCUCCAGCAUCUUCACAAGGUCCUUUGCUGCUGUUCUGGGAUUGAUUUGCACUUUUCGCACCAAAAUACGUUCAUCUCUAGGAGACAGAACGCGUCUCCUUCUGAGCAGUAUGAUGGCUGCGUGGUCCCAUGGUGUUUAUACUUGCGUACUAUUGUUUGUACAGAUGAACGUGGUACCUUCAGGCGUUUGGAAAUUGCUCCCAAGGAUGAACCAGGCAUGUGGAGGUCUACAAUUUUUUUCUGAGGUCUUUGCUGAUUUCUUUUGAUUUUUUCCCAGUUAUCCACCCAGUAACCAGAAAAAUGAUUGUCUUAACAUAACCCCCCCCCCCCCCCCCCCUUGACAGUAUACUACAACAUUCUAUAGUUAUAGUAAGUACUACACAUGAUCGAGGGACAGUUUAGUGUGUAGUAUAGUAUUCUACAGUAUACUACAGAAUUAAUUAGUAAGUACUGUAGUAAACUAGUAUUUUUUGAUGUGGGUACUCAAACCACACAAAAGCUAACCACACAAAAGCUAAAUCUGUGCUUAGGCCUACUCUCCCUAAUGUGGCAGCUGUGCUGUGAUCUUAAAUCUGGCCGUAGAAAAAUAACAUCAUUUAAAUUAGGUUUGGUUUUCUUAAUUCACUGUCCGUUGGAAUCUGGGCUUGUAUGGUUCUUUAACAGAAAAAGCAGUAAACAAGUGGUCAGUUGUUGUUUUUUGUCAUUAAAUGGACCCAUCUACAUUAUUUGUGUUCAGCGUUUGUCUAAUUUAUAGUCGCUUAUCCUCUAAGUAGAUAGAAGAUGAGAAAUCUGUGUGAUUGAAGGAGUAAAAAAAUACAGCACUUGGUUUUUGCCCCAGCGAGCUAAAUACACGUAGGUGGUCAAUACAAGUGAGAAUUUGUUCUCCAGUGACCACCUUGCUUGAAUAAAUGACUUAAUGACUUCUAAUUCUGAUGUCCUGUCUGUCUGUGCAAGUGAUGAACUUGGUUGAAAAAAUGACUAUUAAAACUAACCCUGACGUUCUGUUUGUGUCCCCUAGCUGCCACUGGAGAUAUGCCAGCAUACCAGCUGCGUUCGCCCACCUCUUCGGGCCUGCCCCAGGGCCUGGUGAUGGCUGCUUCCCCAGGCUCCCUGUCCAUGCACAAUCCCCCGGUGCACACUGAGGAGGUCACACGCAAGAGGGAGGUCCGCCUCAUGAAGAACAGGUGAGACAGACACAGGUUGCAUCCCAAAUUGGCACCCUAUUCCCUUUAUAGUGCACUACUUUUGCCCAGCCCUGAUCAAAAGUAGUGCACUAUAUAGGGAGUCUGGUGCCUUUUGGGACGCUCUGAAUUUGGCCAACAACUGCAAAAAGGGGAACAGAUUUCAAAAUCAUUCAUACUCCUCAUUCUCAGUUUCCUGUAGAUUUUUAAAGCACCCCUUUGAUAAUUGAUUAUCUAUAUAGGUUGAGUGGAUGUUAUGUGGAGUCUCUGAAGUGUUUUUGUUCACUUUUGAUUGGUACUUACAGCUGGGAUUUCUCCCACUGUCCAUCUCUUUUCCCCUGUCUUCUCUAGGGAGGCUGCACGGGAGUGCCGCAAGAAAAAGAAAGAGUAUGUCAAGUGUCUGGAGCACCGUGUGGCCGUGCUGGAAAACCAAAACAAGACCCUCAUCGAGGAACUCAAAGCACUAAAGGACAUUUACUGCCACAAGAACGAAUAGCUGAGUAGCUGCGCUCAGCCUUGUGCCAGGAGAGAGAGAGAGAGAUCCUACUGAGAAAGCACAGAGUGCAGUUUACAGAUUGACUGCUGUAAAAAACAGACUCUGGGACAAAAACUACUUUCACUGUCUUUGUUUCUCGUCUACUCCGCUUGUUCGGGCCCAGUCACUUCGAUGCUGCACCAGAGGUUGUUAGGCGGCCAUAGGCUUGUGCUCUCCGGGCUGAAGUCAAGUCCUGCUCUGGACAGGGCCCCUGUCUGUCCUCACUCAUGCGCUUGUAUGUGAAUACACAAGUGUCGCCCAGCCGCGUUUGCUUCUGCUGUUUGCAGGGAGGCAGCCAAUGAGAAUCCAGCCUGCGGAAGAAGAGGAAGAGGAAGUAGAUAUGCUUCCAGAAGGCACACCGCUCACCACCACUGGCUCACCGCAUUGGAGAAGCAGAAGCUGCGAAAGAGCCUCACUAUCAACCAGCAAGUUCACAUUAAGUGCACACAGACUCACCAGCAACCCAACCUACCUUAGCCCGAGUGCCAGUCUGUUUGUGCUGUCAUGCCAACUCCUUGUUACUCUUUGUCACAUUUGGCUUGACAAUGAAAGCAUGUGAGUUGGCAAGAUUACAAACAGA